GUAAUUGGUGAGUGUGUACUUGUCUAUCCAUCCAUCCAAAUCCGAUUCUCAAUAUCCACUAUUGUGUAAGUGUGACAUUCCCUGCGACUCUUUGCUUAGAAACUCAGGCAAUUGAACAUCUAUCUUCCAAAGUUGGGUUUAUAAGGCAAGCAAAAGAAGAGGCGCUGAUUGAAGAAGGAGUAUGUCCCUACUCCAGAAGAGCCUGUGGUGUGGCUUUGACAUCAUCAUCAACCAUAAUGUACGCUCACUCAACCCAUCACUAUGCGGCAUCCCCAAUUACCAUCUCCCAAAACUGCCAUCCCCCCAUUCUCCACUUCAAUCAACCACACCUGGCAAAGCACGGAGGACAUUCAAACCUUUCUCAGCGGCUCUUCCCGUUCCGCCGCCGCUCGACCUCACAGAAAACAACGUCAGACAGGUUUUGAACGAUGCUCGACAGGAACUGGGUCAGAUCUUCGACACUUCCGUUGGUAUCACAGGAGUGGUUGAACUAGCUGAUUUGGAUGGCCCUUUUGUUAAAAUUAGCUUAAAGGGUCGGUUUUGGCACGAGCGUUCCAUGGUUCUUGCCAGAGUCGGUAAUUAUCUCAAACAGAGGAUUCCUGAGAUUUUGGAGGUUGAGAUAGAAGACGAGAAACAAUUGGAUGACAGUCCUGAGAAUUUUUAAGGGAAAAUUACGACUGGAAUUGUUCGUAUCUCCAUCAUUUGCAAGAAUAUUUUGGUUUUUCCCUUUUGUCCAAUUUGAGAUUUCAGUGAUGAAGAAUAAGGUGGUUUGGUAGAUAAACAGGAAAACAAUAUUGCUUAGAAUUUGUUUUUCAUUGGUUUUAGUAACAUCAUGUGAUUUAUAUAGUUGACUCCCCUUAGCAAGAUAAGGUUAUUGUUGUUGUUGGUAAAUAAAUCGGGGGAGAGCUUAGAUUUUAGAGGAGCUCUGGCCUUAUUUUCUUAAUUACGAACUGCCGGCACUCAAAUGUUGGAUUA